UCACCUUCUCUCUGUCUUUGAAUCCAAGACUCUUUCUUUUGUACUUUGUUUCACUUCUCUCAAAGCAAAACCCCCAUCGCUCCCUCUCUUUCCCUACUUCUCCUUUCUUUCUGUGCCAUAAAAUAAUUAACAUUUCUUUGCUUUGUUUUUUCCAUUUUUUCUAAUGAGGAAAGUUCGUCCAAAUUUUGAUCUUCCAGAUGGGUUGGAUACCGUCCUGGAAGUUCCAAUCCCUGAAGAGAUGUUUGUUUCAAACAAGAAUGGUCACAGAUCAUGGCAGCACAUGAAGUCAUGGACGAAUAUGAAACCAAAUUCCGAGAGGUCUCCAGCUUCCAUGACAGCUCUUUUUGGAGGAAGAAGCACGGAGAUUCAGCUUUUGCUUGGAGUCAUUGGAGCUCCUUUGAUCCCUCUUCCUAUCAAGUAUGACCAUGACAAUUCCAUCAGCAAAAACAUCAAGGAUCAUCCCAUUGAAUCUUCAAUGGCAAAAUACAUAGUGAAGCAAUACAUAGCAGCUGUUGGUGGAGAGAAAGCUCUGAAUUCUAUAGACAGCAUCUAUGCAAUGGGAAAGGUGAAAAUGGCAGCAUCAGAGUUCAGUGCUGGGGAUGGCAGUCUGAAUAACAAGAUUGUUAAAGUGAGAAAUUUAAGAAAUGGUGGUGGAGAGGUGGGUGGUUUUGUGUUAUGGCAGAAAAGGCCUGAUCUUUGGUGCCUGGAAUUGGUGGUUUCAGGCUGGAAAAUCAGUGCAGGCAGUGAUGGAAAAGUGGCCUGGAGACAGACCCCAUGGCACCAUUCUCAUGCUUCCAGAGGCCCUCCUAGGCCUCUUAGGCGCUUCUUGCAGGGUCUUGAUCCAAGGUCAACAGCAAAUUUGUUCUCCAAUUCUGUUUGUGUUGGUGAAAAAACGAUCAAUGAUGAGGAUUGUUUGAACCUAAAACUAGAGGCUGAAUCUUCAACACUAAGAACUAGAAGCAGCAGCAAUGUAGAAAUAAUCCGGCACACAGUUUGGGGCUACUUCAGCCAAAGAACAGGCCUCUUAGUCCAACUCGAAGACUCUCAUCUUCUAAGAAUUAAAGCCCCUAGAAAUGGCAGCAUUUUUUGGGAAACCACAAUGGAAUCCUGGAUUCAAGACUAUAAAACCAUAGAUGGCAUCAACAUUGCACAUGCUGGCAAGACAUUGGUGUCAUUGUUCAGGUUUGGAGAGAACUCUGAGAGUCAUUCCAGGACAAGAAUGGAAGAGGCUUGGACAAUUGAAGAAGUGGAUUUUAACAUAAAGGGACUGGCUAUUGAUUGUUUCUUGCCUCCUGGUGACUUGAAGAAAGAAGAGGAAGGCUAUGGGAUUGUCUCAAGUAAUAUAAGGUUGCCAUUCAAGCUUAGAAAUGGUUCUACUAGGGUUAGUGGUUCCAAAAUAGUUGCUAUUGAUGUUGAUGAAUGUGAGGAAUCCUCGGAUGAUGAAGAGUUGUAAAUUUGAUUUCUAUAAUUUUGUAAAUAUUAACACUGCAAAAUAUGUAUCUGUUUGCUGUGCAGAUGAAAUGCUAAAUUUUGAGUUGUUCUACCAUAUUUUGUAAAAGUUCUACUUUACAAUAUUUUGUUGAAAACAAUUUAAAAAAAUGCAGUUCCCAAG